AGGGAGUGUUUAUGUGCGUACUAGGCGUCUAACACGUGACAAAAAGAGAUACAGACUUCAGCAUACAGACACGCUUGUUUCCACGACGACGACGGCAAACAUGGGGGCUGUGGUGGGUUCGCUGACCAUGCAGACCAAGACGAGAAGGUUGUCCAGGGACAAAAAUGAUGAUGACUUGGAGAUUACCAUGGUGUGCCAUCGACCGGAGGGACUCGACCAGCUGGAAGCUCUAACCAAAUUCAGCAAAAGAGAGCUCCAAGUGCUCUACCGGGGCUUUAAGAAUGAGUGUCCAAGUGGCGUUGUGAAUGAGGAAACAUUCAAGCAAAUAUACUCCCAGUUCUUUCCACAUGGAGAUGCCAGCACCUACGCACACUACCUGUUCAAUGCGUUUGACACAGCACAUAGUGGCUCCAUAAAGUUUGAGGACUUUGUAACAGCUCUGUCCAUCCUGCUGAGGGGCUCCAUCACUGAGAAGCUAGAGUGGACCUUCAACCUUUACGAUAUCAACAGAGAUGGAUACAUCAACAAAGAGGAGAUGACAGACAUCGUCAGAGCGAUAUACGAUAUGAUGGGGAAAUACACUUACCCUGUCUUGAAAAAUGACGCUCCCAAACAGCAUGUGGAGGCUUUCUUUCAGAAAAUGGACAAAAACAGAGACGGUGUGGUCACUCUGGAUGAAUUCAUCUUCUCUUGUCAAGAGGAUGAAAACAUCAUGAGGUCUCUACAGCUCUUUGAAAAUGUCAUCUAGACAACAAAGAAGAGGGAGACGGUGCAAAAUAGACAGCACAGAGCGAGAGAAGAGACGAGAACGAAGAACAAAGUGAAGGAGAGAUGAACACACAAGUGAAAAGGAACAGCGGAGCUUGUAGUUGAAAGGAAAAAUGGAUCUUGUCGUUUUUUUGAGGGACGGUUGAGAGACGAAACUUCAUGGAAUGCAUCUUUCUGAAACAAAUCCAUGGCGACAAACGUUUUGGAGAACGUGUAUUGGACUUAAACCUUUCAUCUGACCUCUGUAACCAUUUACCUCGCCUCCAUCUCCCUCGUUUGUUGCUGUUGUUACGGUUACUGUCACCUCAAACAGUGUGUAUUUCAUGGCAUUGUGUAAAUACUGAGUCUCUCACAUUUGGUCAAAUACUUUUAUGAAACGUGUAAAUUGAACCACAUUAACAAGCAGGACUGGAAUUCCUAAAAGCAGCUAAGCAGUGAGAGGCUUAAAUAAUAGCUGUUUGCAUCAUGAAUUUCUGUGUCAACACAACAAACAUGAGCGUUAUUGUGAAGCAUGCAAGACAGAGGCCUGUGGCAUAUUCAACACGGGCUGUGUGCCGUAAAAAAAACUUGGUGGCAAUAUACUCGGCUAAGUGCGUACAUUUUGGAAGCCACGGUCUGGGUGUAGCAUCGUACAGAGCCACCUCAUCUGUUUUCAGAGUCAAUUCGGACACAGGCCUGUAAAGGUUUGCAGAGCUGAAUUUAACCUCAGCCAGCGUGCAGUCUUUUGUCUCGUGACAGCUUGCAGCGGUCGUCUUUACACCAACUGUGUGUUCCAGUGGUGUCGGUCAGUGUUUCAAUGUUGUAACGGCUCCACUGUAGAUAUUUAACUGUUGUAUUUGUGGCUUCAUCUCGCCGUGUCUUGUCUGCGUGUUUCUGAUUCUGACUAUCUGUCUAUCUCUCUGUCAAAUUAUAACUGUAAUUAUUCUAUCUGACACUCAUUGUUAAAUAAAGAGUCCAUUUAGAAGUUUAAUGGCACACAGAUGCUGAGUGACACAGGAAUGUGCAUGUGUUUGUGUGUGUGUGUGUGUUUGGUUUCUGUUUGCCUAAAUAUAAAUGUGAUUUUUCUAGCAUUUAGCUUCAUCUUGUGGACACUAGAAUCAGUUUCUGCCAGAGAGGAGAGUUUUGUCGUCAAUUCUGUCUGUUAAAAAUGUUGACUCAGAGCCACCAACCGUUCACUGUGAGGGAGAGACAAGAGAGGGGAGUGAGUGGAGAAAGAAUAGAGGAAGAUGUGAGAAUAAGACAGAAGACGAGAGAGAGAGACCUUGUCACUGAUUCUGAAGGAAUGGAAGCCAUGUUUCGAACAAGAGCCAUCGUUUUUGAAGAUUGAGCAGGACAAAAAUACAGAUUUAUAAAUGAUUUACUGUCAUGCCCACUCACUGUGCUACCAA